AUGCCCAGGGUGCCACUGAGCAAUGAAUCCAGUUUGAAGGAAUUGUCAGUAAUAGCAAAUCCGCUGAAGGCAAGUGGCUCAGAACAGAACCAGCAACCAGUGUUCCCUCCUGGAAAAGCAAGUGCCUCAAGACAGCACUCUAGACAAAAGCUGAGACUCAGAAGAAAGGGGGUUGAAGUGAAGAUGGACAGCCUCAGAGAAAGGAUGGGCCGUGUGUACCAAGAGGUCAGCGAGCCCCAGGAUGACGACUACCUGUAUUGUGAGAAGUGUCAGAACUUCUUCAUCGACAGCUGUGCUGCCCAUGGGUCCCCCAUAUUUGUAAAGGACAGUGAGGUGGACAUUGGGCAUCCCAACCGCUCAGCCCUCACUCUGCCCCCUGGGCUGAGAAUCGGGCCAUCGGGCAUCCCUGAGGCUGGGCUUGGAGUCUGGAAUGAGGCGUCCAAUCUACCACUGGGUCUGCUCUUUGGCCCCUAUGAGGGCCAGGUCACAGAGCACGAAGAGGCAGCCAACUCCUGAAUGACGCAUGUCACAUGGGCACGGCUGGCAGUGGAAUCCAUACAGGCUGACACACCUGAUGACAGUAGAGUUAAAUAAUUCUUCUGACUGUCACCUCCCGAUGAAGACCAAAACCUGGUAGCCUUUCAGUUUCGCAGGCAGAUUUUCUACCGGACCUGCCGCGUCAUCAGGCCAGGCUGUGAACUGCUGGUCUGGUACGAGGACGAGUAUGGCCAGGGGCUGGGCAUCAAGUGGGGCAGCAAGUGGAAGAGAGAGUUCACCGCGGGGAGAGAACCAAAGCCAGAGAUCCAUCCGUGCCCUUCCUGCUCUCUGGCCUUCUCCGGUCAGAAAUUCCUCAGCCAGCACAUGAAACGCAGUCACCCUUCUCAGAGCCUCCCAGGAAUAUCUGCGAGAAAACACCUCCAAUCUAAGGAGCCCCACCCAGAGGAUCAGAGUCAGCAGCAGCAGCAGCAGCAGCACACUGACCCACACAGCUGGAAUGACAAAGCUGAAGGUCAAGAGGUCAAAGAAAGGUCCAAACCUAUGCUUGAAAGGAACAGGCAGAGGAAGAUUUCUAGGGCCUUUUCCAAACCACCCAAAGGACAAAUGGGGAGCCCUAGGGAGUGUGAGAGAAUGACGGAGGCAGAGCCCAGCACAAGCCAGAAAGUGAAUCCAGAGAACACAGGCAAAUCAUCUGUGGGAGUAGGAGCAUCAAGAAUUCCCUUUGUUUGCAGGGAGUGUGAGCGAGGCUUCAGUGAAAAGUCAAGUCUCAUCAUGCACCAGAGGACACACUCAGGGGAGAAGCCCUUUGUUUGCAGGGAGUGUGAGCGAGGCUUCAGUGAAAAGUCAAGUCUCAUCAUGCACCAGAGGACACACUCAGGGGAGAAGCCCUUUGUUUGCAGGGAGUGUGAGCGAGGCUUCAGUGAAAAGUCAAGUCUCAUCAUGCACCAGAGGACACACUCAGGGGAGAAGCCCUUUGUUUGCAGGGAGUGUGAGCGAGGCUUCAGUGAAAAGUCAAGUCUCAUCAUGCACCAGAGGACACACUCAGGGGAGAAGCCCUUUGUUUGCAGGGAGUGUGAGCGAGGCUUCAGUGAAAAGUCAAGUCUCAUCAUGCACCAGAGGACACACUCAGGGGAGAAGCCCUUUGUUUGCAGGGAGUGUGAGCGAGGCUUCAGUGAAAAGUCAAGUCUCAUCAUGCACCAGAGGACACACUCAGGGGAGAAGCCCUUUGUUUGCAGGGAGUGUGAGCGAGGCUUCAGUGAAAAGUCAAGUCUCAUCAUGCACCAGAGGACACACUCAGGGGAGAAGCCCUUUGUUUGCAGGGAGUGUGAGCGAGGCUUCAGUGAAAAGUCAAGUCUCAUCAUGCACCAGAGGACACACUCAGGGGAGAAGCCCUUUGUUUGCAGGGAGUGUGAGCGAGGCUUCAGUGAAAAGUCAAGUCUCAUCAUGCACCAGAGGACACACUCAGGGGAGAAGCCCUUUGUUUGCAGGGAGUGUGAGCGAGGCUUCAGUGAAAAGUCAAGUCUCAUCAUGCACCAGAGGACACACUCAGGGGAGAAGCCCUUUGUUUGCAGGGAGUGUGAGCGAGGCUUCAGUGAAAAGUCAAGUCUCAUCAUGCACCAGAGGACACACUCAGGGGAGAAGCCCUUUGUUUGCAGGGAGUGUGAGCGAGGCUUCAGUGAAAAGUCAAGUCUCAUCAUGCACCAGAGGACACACUCAGGGGAGAAGCCCUUUGUUUGCAGGGAGUGUGAGCGAGGCUUCAGUGAAAAGUCAAGUCUCAUCAUGCACCAGAGGACACACUCAGGGGAGAAGCCCUUUGUUUGCAGGGAGUGUGAGCGAGGCUUCAGUGAAAAGUCAAGUCUCAUCAUGCACCAGAGGACACACUCAGGGGAGAAGCCCUUUGUUUGCAGGGAGUGUGAGCGAGGCUUCAGUGAAAAGUCAAGUCUCAUCAUGCACCAGAGGACACACUCAGGGGAGAAGCCCUUUGUUUGCAGGGAGUGUGAGCGAGGCUUCAGUGAAAAGUCAAGUCUCAUCAUGCACCAGAGGACACACUCAGGGGAGAAGCCCUUUGUUUGCAGGGAGUGUGAGCGAGGCUUCAGUGAAAAGUCAAGUCUCAUCAUGCACCAGAGGACACACUCAGGGGAGAAGCCCUUUGUUUGCAGGGAGUGUGAGCGAGGCUUCAGUGAAAAGUCAAGUCUCAUCAUGCACCAGAGGACACACUCAGGGGAGAAGCCCUUUGUUUGCAGGGAGUGUGAGCGAGGCUUCAGUGAAAAGUCAAGUCUCAUCAUGCACCAGAGGACACACUCAGGGGAGAAGCCCUUUGUUUGCAGGGAGUGUGAGCGAGGCUUCAGUGAAAAGUCAAGUCUCAUCAUGCACCAGAGGACACACUCAGGGGAGAAGCCCUUUGUUUGCAGGGAGUGUGAGCGAGGCUUCAGUGAAAAGUCAAGUCUCAUCAUGCACCAGAGGACACACUCAGGGGAGAAGCCCUUUGUUUGCAGGGAGUGUGAGCGAGGCUUCAGUGAAAAGUCAAGUCUCAUCAUGCACCAGAGGACACACUCAGGGGAGAAGCCCUUUGUUUGCAGGGAGUGUGAGCGAGGCUUCAGUGAAAAGUCAAGUCUCAUCAUGCACCAGAGGACACACUCAGGGGAGAAGCCCUUUGUUUGCAGGGAGUGUGAGCGAGGCUUCAGUGAAAAGUCAAGUCUCAUCAUGCACCAGAGGACACACUCAGGGGAGAAGCCCUUUGUUUGCAGGGAGUGUGAGCGAGGCUUCAGUGAAAAGUCAAGUCUCAUCAUGCACCAGAGGACACACUCAGGGGAGAAGCCCUUUGUUUGCAGGGAGUGUGAGCGAGGCUUCAGUGAAAAGUCAAGUCUCAUCAUGCACCAGAGGACACACUCAGGGGAGAAGCCCUUUGUUUGCAGGGAGUGUGAGCGAGGCUUCAGUGAAAAGUCAAGUCUCAUCAUGCACCAGAGGACACACUCAGGGGAGAAGCCCUUUGUUUGCAGGGAGUGUGAGUGAGGCUUCAGUGAAAAGUCAAGUCUCAUCAGGCACCAGAGGACACACUCAGGGGAGAAGCCCUUUGUUUGCAGGGAGUGUGAGCGAGGCUUCAGUGAAAAGUCAAGUCUCAUCAUGCACCAGAGGACACACUCAGGGGAGAAGCCCUUUGUUUGCAGGGAGUGUGAGCGAGGCUUCAGUGAAAAGUCAAGUCUCAUCAUGCACCAGAGGACACACUCAGGGGAGAAGCCCUUUGUUUGCAGGGAGUGUGAGCGAGGCUUCAGUGAAAAGUCAAGUCUCAUCAUGCACCAGAGGACA